ACAUUACAAUCGAAUUGUUUGCACCAGCGUGAAAUUAACAAUAUUUUUUUAAUUUACUCUAGUCUCGAGUAGAAUUUCUUUCGUGGCUCCACUUCAUGCCGCCAUGAAGUCCCUUUUUUAUAUUUUUGCUGGAUUUUUGCAUAUCUUAGAAAUAAGAGCCAUCGAUGUAGCAACUCACAUACCACCAGAAAUAAUGAAUUUGAAAUUAUCACCUGAUCUAAUAAACAAAACACGAAGAAUUAUAAAUGGCGAGCAAGUAACUGAUAAUAGACCUUACAUGGUAUACUUGAAGCUUCCACAAAGCAAUCAAAAGUCACAGAGUUACCGACAGUGGUUGUGCGGUGGCGUCAUCGUCCACGAAGACUACAUCCUUACAUCAGCCGCGUGUAUUGAAGACGUAGGGCAUUUCUAUAUCGUUUCUGGUACUUAUAAACAUGCAGACGACGAUGAUAGAUAUAACAAUCCUUGCAUCAAAAACGGUGCCAAAAAAGCUAUCUGGAAAUGCGUACCAAAAAACUACGUGUUCGAUGGUCACGAGAAUGACAAUAUCAGGUGGAUGAACAACGACAUAGCUGUAGUGAAGGUUGAAGAAGGUUUUGAUUUCACAAGACGGGUUAGGGGAUGCGAAUUUAUACCCAGACCUGUCUGUUAUAAUAAUCAAAGUCAUACUUUAGAGAACCCUGGUACAAUGGUCACUAUUGCUGGAUGGGGCACCACAGGGAAAUAUAAUAACUGGGUGAACAGAAGGAACGACGGAGCAGGUGACAACCAAAACUGCCUUUUAGAGGCAAGCGUAGAGAUCAUUCCUAAAACCAGAUGUAAGAGACGAUGGGGCUCGCGAUACCACAACAUCAUCGACAACUACAUGAUAUGCACUAAAGAUAUUGGGCAGACUAUGUCGGAAAUUUGUAAUGAAAAAUACGUAGACUGCCAAGACAUAAACUAUUCAGACGAAGAAGACAUGAGAAGAGACACUCACAUUGUUAAAACAGAAAAAGUACCGACAAAUCUAGCGUUACAUUCUGCAUUACACAAUGAAACGUUCGCUAAUGGCUCCAGGCGAUAUCAAGAAUUUCACGUUGCUGGAGGCUUUUGUGAGAAUGACCACGGUGGGCCCCUAGUUUACGGAUCUGGUGUCACUUCUGUCGUCAUCGGCAUAAUCUCCGCCUGUCUCGUGAAGGAGCGCAAUAACAAAUGCUACGGACCAUUCCUCUACACGAGUAUCUACAAGAACCGGCAAUUCAUCUCCUGUGCUAUCUAUAAAGACGUUGAGCCUAAAUGUCGCCGUCAAUUCAGAUCAGGAGUAACUCAUGUGGAAACAGUGCUAUCGUGGAAGGAUCACGAUGAUGGACCAGCGAAGUUUGAAUUAGCUCAAGAAAAUCUUGCGGCAGCCGCAGCACCCGCUGCAGCUGCCGCUCCCUCAGCGCAAGUUCCGAUGGGCAAAGCAGCUCGAGAUGAUGCAACUCUCAGCAAAGCAGUCGUCGCAGCACCAGUCGCUCCUGCUCAGAUGCAAGUGGUACAACGAGCCCAGGACGACGUAAGCGCUGGCGACCGCGUGCACGGUGGGUUCGUGCUCAGGCCUGUCAACGAAACAAAUUUGCCUACAAAUGCUACAAGACUGCACAAAAACUUACUUGCAGCAAAUUAAAGUUAUUGUAACGAAUAAAAUUUAGUUCGA